AUGGUCUGCAAGAAAUGCGAGAGUAAAUUGUCCAAACUAGCUGCACCGGACCCAUUCACCGCGAGCUCACAGAGCAUCAAGGACGGCUCGCGGAGAGUCGGGGAGAACAAGCUCCUGAGUAGACCAGGGAGCUCCAAGAACAGGUUCCAGCCCUAUCAAGGCAAGUGUAGAGACUGUAAGUCAAGCACGACCCAGAACAAAGCCAAGUAUUGUCAUGGAUGUGCCUACAAGCGCGGUGUGUGUGCAAUAUGCGGCAAGCAGGUCCUUGAUACAACGGGCUACGUGAUGUCAGCUAAAUAG